GAAUAACUGAUUUUAUUCAUUUCUUCUUCCUUUUAUGUAAUCUUGGUGUCAUGUGAUGCUAUUGUUUAGUAAUAAUGGCUAGACUACUUUUGUCAUUAUUAGUCUGUGUCUUGUGUAGUUGCUUUGUUGCAACUGCUAAACUGCCUAAUAUUGUAUUUGUGUUGGUUGAUGACUGGGGCUUUGCUGAUGUUGGUUUCAGGAAUCCAGCUAUCUCUUCACCUAACUUUGAUCAAUUGGCUAAAACUGGUCUAGUUCUUAAUCGUCAUUAUGUUUUUAAAUACUGUGCUCCUUCACGUGCCUCACUUCUCACAGGACGCUGGCCACACCAUGUAUAUCAAUGGAAUUUAGCCACUGAUGCCACUGCUGGUACUAAUCUCAACAUGACAAUGUUUCCAGCUAAACUAAAAGCUGCAAACUAUUCCACUCAUAUGGUAGGGAAGUGGCAUCAAGGAUUCUUUGAUCCUAGAUACCUUCCAAUCAAUAGAGGCUUUGAUACAUCAAGUGGGUUUUUGUGUGGUUCUGAAGAUCAUAUGACACAAAAUGCAAUAUGUGCUAUUGACUAUUGGAAGAAUAAUGCUCCUGAUCCUCGUAAUGGAACAUAUGAUGCUUAUAUUUACCGUGAUGACCUGACUGAUAUUAUCAACAGUCACAAUACUGAUGAACCACUUUUUCUGUAUCUUCCAUUGCAUAAUGUUCACCUUCCUUUGCAAGCUCCCAAAGAAUGGUUAGAUAUUUAUCCAGCUAAUUCAACUUGUGAUAAACGUCACACACUACAAGCUAUGGUCAGUGUAGCUGAUAAUGUUACUGGACAUUUAGUGGAGCUGUUAAAAAAGAAAGGAUUAUGGGACAAUACUAUAAUGGUCAUCUCAGCUGAUAAUGGUGGUGCCCAUUGUUCUGGUAGUAAUUAUCCUUUGAGAGGUUGUAAAGAAACUCUUUUUGAAGGAGGUGUCCGUUCCCUUGCUUUUGUUAAUGGUGGUCUCCUACCAGAAUCAAGAAGAGGUCAGUCUACUGAUGGAUUCAUUCACAUUGCUGACUGGUACACUACAUUCUGUAAACUAGCAGGAGUUGAUCCUGAUGAUUCUGGAACAGGAAAGUUUUCAGUUGAUGGUUUAGAUGUAUGGCCUAUCAUAACAGGAGAGAAUGAAAAGACACAGCAUGAAGAGAUAGUAUUAGGAUAUAAUUUUGAUUUCAAUCAUCCUGGACAAGGAGCCAUUAUAGUUGGCAAUUUUAAGCUUCUUGUUGGUUUACAAAACGCUUUUGAAUGUGACAGUUUAGGUUGGAGACCACUUAAUUAUCCUUGUAGCAAUGGUCUUGAAGGUCCUGAUUGUGAUCCUUAUUGUUUGUAUGAUAUUAUUAAUGAUCCCACUGAAAAGAAUGACCUAUCGAAGAAAAAUCCAGAAAUCUUAAGCAAGCUUCUUGAUAGGUAUCACUCAUACUCCAUGGAACCAAGAGAUAUGCAAGAUCAAGGAUAUCACUCACAGUUUUCUGUACCAAGAGAUCCUGAUGCAUGUAAAUACAUGCAGUCAAAUGGUGGCUACUGGAGGCCAUGGAAGAAUUUGUAACAAAAUCAUAAUCAUUUGCUUUUAGGAGGGCUAUUUUAAUGAAUAACUG